AUGGUAUAUACAAUUGGUAAGAUGCUACCCAAAGUAACAAGUCAAUGGUGGGAAAUAGCACUAUGGAUUGCACAAUAUUCAUCACCUACCGUGAUGAAAUUUCUACAAUGGGCAAGUACACGUCGUGAUAUGUUUUCCUCGUCAUUCUGUGAUCGUUUCGAGCGAUUUCAUGAACAUGCACCAAUGCAUUCAUGGAAACAAACUCAAGAGAUGUUAAUACUGACAUUUGGUGACCAUUGGAAGGAUGUGAUUGAGAUUGAGUCUCAUCCGAUUGGAUCAGGAUGUAUUGCACAAGUCUAUCGAGGACGUUUGAAAACAACUAACCAACAAGUGGCAAUUAAAGUCAUUCAUCCACAUGUGAAAGAAAUGGUAGCACUGGAUCUACAAUUGUUACAUGGACUUGUCGCCAUGUUGGAAAUGAUACCAAAACUCAAGUGGAUUGGAGGAAAAAAUAGUGUCAUUGAGUUUGCAUCGCUCAUGGAACGUCAAUUGAAUUUGCGCGUCGAAGGAGAAAAUCUUACAAUGUUUCGCAAAUACUUUUCCAAUCGUAAGGGACUACGAUUUCCUGUACCGCUCAUGGACUAUACGACAGAAAAUGUAUUGGUCGAGAGUUUUGAAGGUGGAUUACAUUUCAGUGAGAUUCUUUCACAAAUGGAAGCGCCACGUCGUAAAGCAGUGGCACGAGUUGUGCUUGAAGCAUAUCUCCGGAUGGUGUUUCUAGAUAAUUUUGCACAUGGAGAUUUACACCCUGGCAACCUUUUGUUCGAUGAGCAAAAGAAUGAUGGAGAGAGCAACGCUCGUGUGUCACGCUCUGAAGCUAUUCGAAACGCCGGUGUUGUGGUCAUUGAUGCUGGGAUCGUAACGAAGCUCGAGCAACAAGAUCUGCGUAACUUUGUAGAACUGUUCUAUGCAGUAGCAACAGGUAAUGGGUACAAGGCUGGGAAACUGAUUGUGACUAGAAGCAAGCCAAAUGAAGACACCAAGUGCAAAGAUCUCGAGUCUUUUUGCACGGCGAUGGAGAGAAUCGUAGACGAAGCAAUGAGCUGGAGGUUCAACUUGAAAAAUGUGCAUGUUGGAUCCCUGCUUCGCCAAGUCAUGGAGUUAUGCUGUACGCACGAAGUCCAACUUGAAGGAAAAUUUGCGUCAAUCGUCGUCUCGAUUGCAGUCUUGGAGGCCGUUGGUCGACAGUUGGACCCGGAUAUCGACAUCCUGGCCGUAGCACUUCCGAUCAUUACACAGUCGCUCAUAAAGAACGUUUUGAGUUGA